UAAACGCAUGUGCUUGAAUUCGGGAUCGGCUGAUUCGGUGCAAGUUUUAUUAACAAGUUCGAUGUGGCAAAUAUCUUAUUUAUGUGAUUUCGUUGCCGUUGUGAGACGCUCCGUGUCUGUCCCGUCAACGGCGCCGUGCGUUCGAAAUUUUGAAGUGGAGUGAAGGUUGUGUUGAAUGUGUCUGGUGGAGUGGGGACUGGGAGACGGGUUGUCCGCUGGCGGCCGCCGUAGGGCGGUGGGACCGACCCCCGGACUCGGACUCGGGCUCGGCGUGAGGCGGCGGCGGUGGGACCGAUCCCCGGACUCGGGUGCAGGCGGGCGGGCGGGCGCCGGGCGUCCAGCGCCGAGAUGUCGGAUUCCGAUUCGGAGAAUUACUCGUCGGAGGAGGACGCGGAUUAUGAGCCCUCGGAUGAAGAUUACAGUGAAGAUGAUGUCAGUGAGCUGGUAAAAGAAAAUCUUCUGGAGGGCAAUGAUGAACAACCCCGGGAGAAAAAGUCAGUAAAGAAAACAGGAAAAAGAGUCUCCUCCAGAAACAGAGAGGCAUUGUCUUUGGAACGUGAAGAUGAAGGCAAAGGGGAGGAUGACCAGGCUGUUGACCCAGAGGAAUGUGCACAGGUGGAAAAGAAGAAGGCCGAUGACCUCUGGGCCAGCUUCCUGAGUGAUGUUGGGGAAAAGGCAAAACCGAAAGCAACUAUUCCAUCCUCCAAAAAAGAGGAAACAUUAGUAGUCGAAGAGAAGUCGACCAAACACCAGGAUUUAGUGAAAGACGCAGAGAAGCUAAAAUCACCUGGAAAGGUCACAAUCACAAAGGUGUUUGAUUUUGCUGGCGAAGAGGUCAAGGUAACUAAAGAAGUGGAUGCUGCUUCCAAAGAAGCAAAAAACUUCUUGCAAAAACAGAAUAAUGUGGAGGAGAAAUGCUCUUCGACUACACCAGUGUCUGUGGCAACUGGAGCCCCUACAGGUUCAGGAAUUAAAAGACAAAGUGGAUUAAGUAACAUUCUGGGGAAGAUUGGAGGAAAGAAACAAAAGUUGAGCACUUUGGAGAAAUCGAAGAUUGACUGGGAAGCAUUCAAAGAAACGGAGGGGAUUGGUGAUGAGCUUGCAAUCUACAACCGAGGAAAGGAAGGAUACAUUGAACGGAAAGCUUUCUUGGAUAGAGUUGAUCACCGACAGUUUGAGCUGGAACGUGACAUCCGGCUCAGCAACAUGAAGCCGUGACUUUAAUCUUGCAGCCAGAAGUCAUUUGCUUAAUGUAAAUCCGCAUCCAAAAUACUCAUCAUCGAUUCUCAGUGCGGCAGCAGCCAAUGGUUUGUGGCUGCCCCACAAGAACUGUAAGCAAUGUCCGGCCUUUCCUGUGAAUUCCAUUGUAUUUUUUUUAAUUCUCAGCCUUCUAUUAAAGAUAAAUGAUUUUUUAAAAUAAUGAUUGAUAGGUGACCAAUAGUUAGUAUGAGAAUGUCUUUUAUUUAAUGAUUGCAUCUGGUUCAAUGAGGUGACAAAAAUCAUUGCAUGUUUUAGAACUUGCCAUUUGGCUGGACUUGCAUUGAUGUUAUUCAGUGACAGUACUCUUUUGUUCUACAAAGUCAAAAAGAGUUAUUUGUACUUUAGUUCUAUGAAUGUUUUUGAUAUCUGCAAUCUUAAUCAUGAAUGUUGUCGAUGUGUCUACACAAUUAAAAUGAAAAUUAAUUUCGU